AUGUUGCUCGCAUGGCGAACGCUCGCCAGGAGUUCCGUUUUACACACUAUCGGAAUGCCGCUAGCAACGGCGCCGUGUCUAAUUGCGCCGCUAUGCGGUCCGGUUGAAGUUGGCGUGCGAUGGAAAUCGAAGCGUCAGAAAAUUGAGCUGAAGCGACGGAUGAAGGCAGAAGCGAAGGAGAAGGAAAAACUGGAGAAGAAGGCCCAACUGCCGGCCCCGACGGUGGAAGCGUUCCAGAAGAAGCCGGGCGCCGCUGGUGCGAAGGAAAACGAGGAGGAAAUAUCGCCGAACGAGUACUUUAAGCUGCGCAGCGCUGCGGUGGCGGAGUUGAAGAAGAACCCCGAGACGCAUCCGUAUCCGCACAAGUUCAACGUGACGAUAUCGAUUGGGGAUUUCAUCGAAAAGUACGAGCACCUCAAGGAAGGUGAAACGCUGGACGACGUCAGGCUGAGCGUGGCCGGGCGAGUGCACGCAAUCCGUGAAUCCGGCGGAAAGCUCAUCUUCUACGAUCUGCGCGGCGAAGGCAAGAAGCUGCAGGUGAUGGCAAACGCGAAGCAGUACGAAAGUGAGGCGCUGUUCGUGGAGGAAACGGCCAAACUGCGGCGCGGGGACAUCAUUGGUGUGACCGGAGUGCCCGGUAAGACGAAGAAGGGCGAGCUGUCGGUGAUGCCCAAGCGGAUCAAACUGCUGGCACCCUGCCUGCACAUGUUGCCCCACUUGCAUUACGGUCUGAAGGACAAGGAGACGCGCUUCCGCCAGCGGUACCUCGAUCUGAUGCUGAACAACAACGUGAGGGACAUUUUCAUCAUCCGCUCGCAGAUCAUCAGCUAUGUGCGGCGAUUCUUCGACCAGCUCGGGUUCCUCGAGGUCGAGACGCCGAUGAUGAACAUGAUUGCGGGCGGCGCGACUGCCAAGCCGUUCAUCACGCACCACAACGAGCUGAACAUGGAUCUGUUUUUGCGCAUCGCCCCGGAACUGUAUCUGAAGAUGCUGACCGUCGGUGGGCUGGAUCGGGUGUACGAAAUCGGGCGCCUGUUCCGCAACGAAGGCAUCGAUCUGACGCACAAUCCCGAGUUUACGACGUGCGAGUUCUACAUGGCGUACGCCGACUACAACGAUGUAAUCGAAUUAACGCAGUCGCUACUGUCGGGCAUGGUGUACGCCAUCCACGGAACAUAUAAAAUCAAGUACCAUCCCGACGGGCCCGAGGGUCAAGAGUUCGAGAUCGAUUUCACGCCACCGUUCAAGCGCAUUUCGAUGAUUAGUUCGUUGGAAGACAUUUUGAAAGUUAAAUUCCCCUCGCCCGAUACGCUACACACGGCGGAAGCGGUCCGCUUCUUGGACGCGCUGUGCGUGAAGCACGAUGUCGACUGCAAACCGCCACGUACGGCGGCCCGCCUGUUGGACAAGCUGGUGGGAGAAUUUUUGGAAGAAAACUGCAUCAACCCGACGUUCAUCUGUGAGCAUCCGCAAAUCAUGAGCCCGCUGGCCAAGUACCAUCGCACUACGCGCGGCAUCACGGAGCGGUUCGAGCUGUUCAUUAUGAAGAAGGAAAUUUGCAAUGCGUACACGGAGCUGAACGAUCCGGCCGUGCAGCGGGAACGGUUCGAGCAGCAGGCAGCGGACAAGGCGGCCGGCGACGAUGAGGCCCAGAUGGUGGACGAGAAUUUCUGCACCGCGCUCGAGUACGGCCUGCCGCCUACCGGGGGCUGGGGUAUGGGCCUCGAUCGGCUCACGAUGUUCCUGACCGACUCUAACAACAUCAAGGAGGUGCUCCUGUUUCCGGCCAUGAAGCCGGAAGAUCCGAAUCGCAACCAACACCCCAGCGAGCUAUCGACCGGCGAGGAAGCGAAGGCUAAUUGAGUUGCGAAAGACCACCUGAAAGUUUGUGGUGGGUAAAAGUGCAUCGUUG